AUGUCUGAUCCAUCAUCAUCUGCUACUUUCAAACCAGCUUUCUUCAUCCAUCUCGAAGCCGAAGAACCAGAACAAAUCUAUAACAAUGAAGCUGGUUCAUUGACCUUAGUUAAAGUCAAAGGUGGUUACACCAAGACUUUAGAUCCAGCUUAUCCAUUUGAUACUGAAGUUACAUUCGGUAUUGAUAACUUAACUACAUCAACUGCAAGAGAUGGUUCAAUUCAAAACUUAGAUUGUCAAUUAUACUUAAAAUCAAAAGUUAAUGGUGGUGGUAUUCAUUUCACUUAUUCAGGUGUUGUUCAACAAAAUGAAAAAUCUUUAGCUGUUAUUACAAACCAAUCUAAAGAUUUAUCAUUUACUGAUACUUAUUUAACAAAUCAUCCAAAAGCUGUUUUAAGUAAAGAAAAUAAAGAAGAAUCUUGGAUUACUGGUAAAAAUUUAUUAGGUAAAGGUAGAUUUAUUAGAAAUGAAAAUGGUACAUUAUGUGUUGAAUACAAUGUCUUUGUUUUGGAACACUGA